AGUUUGAUUGUGGUCACAGACAGCGGGACAUGGCUGGUGUGAGGGCUGCGGAGGUGGCGGUGCAGCCGGCCGCUACACCAAGCUGCUGAGCGGUUAUUCCCGGAGCGGCGCCCCGCGGCCAUUUACCACAGUCUCUCAUGAUGAAGCGGCUGCAACAUUGAAAAGUUACAACCAACUGUCCGGCAGCAUCCCCCCGCCCCCUCCCUCUCAAGGAUCGCUGGCUGCUGGCGGAGGAAGUGACAACUUUCUGCCUGGAGAUCAUCUUCCCCUGGUCUGCAGUGAUCUGGCUGGUCCUUAAUGGACACCCUCACCUAGGCUUGAGCAUCUCAUUCCGCAAUGGCAUUUGACUCGUCAUUUUUUGUCCUGCCGGGCGUCUCUCAGCACUUCAAUAUUCAGACUGUUGACACCGGGCAAGAAGAUUCUUUUGAGGACUUAUGUAGUCUGGAAAACGGCCGGCAUUAUGAUGUGGUUCCCACUGUGGUCUGUUCCUUAUGCUGCCUCUUUGGACUUGUAUAUAUAUUUUUUGGUUACAGGUGCUUCAAAGCCAUCAUGUUUCUCUCGGGUCUGCUGGCUGGCUCAGCAGUCAUUUUUUUACUAUGUUACAAAGAGCGAAUCCUGGAAACUCAGCUGAGCCUGGAGCUAAGUGCGGGCAUCGCCUUGGGCAUUGGCCUGCUCUGCGGACUGGUCACUAUGCUUGUGCACAGCGUGGGCCUCUUUAUGACUGGCCUGAUUCUUGGACUUCUUCUGGCCAUGGCUUGUCUUGUGGGCUUGGAGCAGUUCUACCAUCCACCCACAGCCUGGAUUCCUGUAGGAGUGAUGAUGGGCUCCACCAUGCUCUUUGCUGUAUUGACUCUCCAGUGGCAGAAGCUCUUCACUGUGAUCUCCACCGCCACGUUUGGAGCUGCUAUUUUGACUGUCUGCACAGACUAUUUCAUCGAAAUGAUGCUGCUGGUGCAGUAUGUCUACGACCGCCUCAGCCUUGAAGUGUCUCAUCCCCUCUGCUGGUUCAGUUGGGUGGUUCUUGGUGUCUGGCCAGUAUUAAGCAUUCUGGGAAUUGUAGUCCAGUGGAAGCUGACAGCCGAAGGCUUCUCACAUACAGAUGUGAUCAUAAGCAGACGCCAGAAGCGCCUCCAGCUUCUGAGAAUCCGCCAGAAAGAGGCCAAAAAACGUCAGAGUGUGACUGCUCAAGAGGGGACUUAUCGGAGAAAGGCCAACCCCAUGAAAAGGUACACCGGAGACAUCCUUGCACCGAGUUACUUGCAGAGCUUAAGAGAGCGUCAGACUGGCACUGGCACAUCCAUGAGCAGCCUGAACACCAAUACGCAGACCAUUGUGGACAUGGACUAUGAAUGCGGCUCUACUGUGCCCCUCACUGCCACUACUCCUGUGAUCCGUGUAUGAGGUGUCCCUCAGCACCCUUUUGCAGUCAACCUGCAUUUGACUCAAGAUAGUAGGCCAAAGUGUUGUGCCUUACGUAAUAGCUCUUGGUACAUCUCAUCCUCUCAUUUGCCAGAGCCAGUACUCUCAUCUCCUUGAUUGUGUGGACUCCAUGAAUGAAGGCAACGGAGAAGUUGUGGCCCAUUUUACCCAAGCCUGUUUUAAUACUCUGUAUGGUUGGUAGACACCUAUUGGAUGAUAGCCUUUUACUAAUUCUGCCGAAUGGAUGAGUGAAUCCGUGUGUCUUCAAGAGGUACCAGGCCACCACAUGCCUGUAAAGUACUUGUGAAGAGAAUAGAUCGGCACAUAUAAAACGAAACCACGUGAUGAAGCCUUUAACGCUAGUGCUGAUUUUGUGCCUUUUUUUUUUUUGCAUAAUAUACAAGAGGCAUCUCUUUAAGAAGUAUAAUGUCUGCCCUAUUUAUUGGUAAGUUCAUCUUAUAACCUAGUGGAUCCAGAAGAUGCCCAUCAGUCUCACAAACGCAUGGGGAAAACAGUUGGCUAUGGUCACCAGUCCCCUCGAUGUUACAGUACAUUCUCUAAUGUGCCUUAGAAAAAUGAAAGCCAAUUGAUUGUAGCGAGUUAUCUGCUUCAGAUUUGCUUUGCAUUUCUUUAAUGUGUAGAAACACACCCUUUACACGGGUCAGUUUUGCAGGCGAUUGUCUGGCAGGACAAGCGCCUGCGCGUUGAAGAAGAGCAUUGCCUUUACAUGCAGGAAGGAGUGAUUGUCGU